AUGGUGGAUAAAGAGCAAAAAAGAUUCAAUAUUAAGAAAUGGAAUGCUGUGGUAUUGUGAGCUUGACAUGAUGAAGUAGAAAAGUGUGCAAUUUGUAGAGAAAGUAAUAGUAAUCCUUGCAUUAAUUGUCAGCUUGAUGAGCGGCCAGGAAUAUCGAACGAAUGUGAUGUGGUAUGUGGGGCUUGUAAUCACAUUUUUCAUUUUCAUUGCAUCUUUCGAUUUUAUACAUCAAGGCAUGUGUGCCCAAUAGAUGGUAAAGAAUUUGAAAUAAAAAGGACUAAUAGUAAUUCUAUUAAUUCAAUUAACUAUUAA